GACAGAGAGAGAGAGAGAGGAGAGAGAGGGACAGACGGAGCGGACAGGCUUCAGGAGACAAACUUCUAAUUUAGACAGAAAAGACCUGUGGAAACAUCAUGGAGCUCCGUCCACUCGUCUCGCUCCUGUUUGUAUUUAUCAACCAACUCUCCUUCAGCCUCCAGUCCAAAGAACAAGUACUGCUGGACAUGAGGGCUUCAGGAUCGGAGCUGGGCUGGUUGACGUUGCCAUAUGAGAACGGAUGGGAGAUCGUCCAGACGGUGGUGAACGGCUCGCUUUUCUACACCUACAGUGUUUGUAGCAUAGACUCGACUGAACAGGAAAACUGGUUACGUACAACGUUCAUCCAGCGGCGCCCGGGGACAUCUCGCGUCUCGGUGGAGCUACAAUUCGUCGUGAGAGACUGCAACUCCUUUGAUGGAGCCUCUGUGGCCUGCAAAGAAACCUUCAACCUUUUCAUGUUGGAGGCCGAUGCUGAUGUGGGAACCAACUUCCGUAAAGGGCAGUUCCGAAAAGUGGCCACCAUCGCCCCUGAUGAGGUCACAGUGGGCCGCAAGCUGAAGGUCAACAUAGAGACGAGGAUCGUGGGACCCCUGUCCAAAGAGGGCUUCUACCUGGCUUUCCAGGACAUGGGCAGCUGUGUGGCGCUCCUCUCGGUCAGAGUUUAUUACAAGUCCUGCCCGUCCACGGUGCAGAGCUUGGCGGCCUUCCCGGAGACAGUGGCGGACGCGCUCACCGUCGUGGAGGGAGUCUGCGUGGAGAACGCCGGCAGUCAGGCCACCCCACGCAUCUACUGCUCAGCUGAGGGCGAUUGGGUGGUUCCCGUGGGUCAGUGCCAGUGUCUGUCAGGCUACGAAACCACAGGGGAAUCCUGCCAAGCGUGCAAGCCAGGCUACUUCAAGCCGUAUGUAUCCAGCGAGUUAUGUCAGGUUUGUCCUGAUAAUACCAAGCCCUCCGGCACCGGAGCCACUGAAUGUCAAUGUGAGGAAGGUUUCUUCCGCUCCCCUUCCGACCCUCCAACAUCUCCCUGCUCCGCUCCUCCCAGUGCCCCUCGCGAGCUGACCUCCACCACCCUGUCAGCUGACGGCCGGCUGCAGCUGUCCUGGAGCCCACCGCUGGUGACCGGAGGCCGCAGUGACCUCACCUACAGCGUGGCGUGCGAGCUCUGCGAGGCCGCCCUGUGCGUCCCCUGUGGUGAGAAGAUGCGUUACGACCCGGGACCCACCGGCCUGCAGGACGCCAGGGUCGUCGUCUCCGACCUGGAUUCUCAUCUGAACUACACCUUCACUGUGGAGGCUCACAGCGGUGUGUCCCAGUACGGCACGGACAGACCCACAGCAACCAUCACCACUGCUCUGGAUUACACAGAUCCCCCCAAGGUGACGUUGAUCCAUCUGGACAAGAGCAGCCCCACCAGUCUGUCUCUGUCCUGGACUCUGUCUCGCAGACCUCCAGUCCACAUCAAUCACCGCUACGAGCUUAUGUACCGCAGAAAAGACGACGACAGCGAGCGGGACGUGACCACCUACACGGUCGUGAUCUCGGACAAAAGCUCGGUCCAGAUAAACGACCUCAGCCCAAACACCACGUACACGUUCAGGGUCCAGGCGCUGAGUCCGGAGGGCAACCCGGGCAGCUACAGCACCGAGCAGGAGUUCCACACGUCGCCAAUAGCCGAGUCUCAGGUCCAGGGCAACUCCACCAUGGUGAUGGGAGCUGUAGUUGGAGUAGCUGUGAUCCUGCUGGUGGUGGUGGCCGUGCUACUGCUGCGUAAACGGAGACGGAGCUCUCACCACAGGGGAGGAGCAGAGGAUCCGUACUUCUCGACAGAUCAGCUCAAGCCUCUGAAGACUUACAUCGAUCCACACAUGUACGAGGACCCCAACAUCGCCAUCCAGAAGUUUGUCACAGAAAUUGACCCGAGUGCCAUCAGCAAACAAAAGGUCAUCGGUGUAGGAGAGUUUGGAGAAGUGUUCUGGGGCGUGAUGAAGCCACACGGGCGAGCAGAGGUGCCCGUGGCCAUCAAGACCCUGAAGCUGGGCUACUCAGAGAAACAGAGACAGGACUUCCUGGGUGAGGCCAGCAUCAUGGGACAGUUCUCGCACCCCAACAUCAUCCGCCUGGAGGGUGUCGUCACCAAAUUCAAGCAUGCCAUGAUAGUGACUGAAUACAUGGAGAACGGCGCUUUAGAUAUAUAUCUGAAGGACCGGGAUGGAGAGCUUCCUUCAUAUCAGUUGGUGGGAAUGCUGCAUGGAAUAGCUGCUGGCAUGAAAUACCUCUCCGACAUGAACUACGUCCACCGGGACCUGGCAGCGAGGAACGUUCUGGUGAACAGCAACCUGGAGUGUAAAGUGUCUGACUUCGGCCUCUCGCGUGUGUUGGAGGACGAUGCCGAGGGCACCUACACCACCAGAGGAGGUAAAAUCCCCAUCCGCUGGACCGCCCCCGAGGCCAUCGCGUUCAGGAAGUUCACUUCAGCCAGCGACGUGUGGAGCUUCGGCAUCGUCAUGUGGGAAGUCAUGGCAUUUGGAGAACGGCCCUACUGGGACAUGAGCAACCAUGAGGUCAUGAAAGCCAUCAACGAGGCCUUCAGGCUCCCUGCUCCCAUGGACUGCCCCUCCGCCAUCUACCAGCUCAUGUUCCAGUGCUGGCAGCACGACCGCUCCACACGACCUCGCUUCUUAGACAUCGUCAACAUUCUGGACAAACUGCUCCGAAACCCAGAGUCUCUGAAAACCAUCGCCGACUUCGAUCCACGUGUGUCCAUCCGCCUGCCGAGCACCAGUCACUGCGAUGGCACCUUGUUCGGGUCGGUGCCCGAGUGGCUGGAGUCCAUCAAGAUGAGUCAGUACCACGAAAGCUUCACCCGCGCUGGGAUCACGACCAUGGAGCAGGUGCUCUCCUUGAGGCAUGAAGACAUCAGGAAUAUCGGCGUGCGGCUGCCCGGUCACAUGAAGAGGAUAGCGUACAGCAUCCUGGGCCUGAAAGAUGAGAUCAGCUCGCUCAGCGUGUUCGCAGUGUGAUCUAAAGCAUUCCUCCAAAUCAAAGUGCACUGACCGACCAUGCUAUUUUACUCCUGGAGGACUGAAGA